CCUGUUCUCCCAAUGAGUUCCAGUGCAGUAACAAGUCGUGCAUCUCCAUCAUCUUUGUGUGUGAUGGUGACAACGACUGCGGGGAUGGCAGCGAUGAAAGAAAAUGCUCCCCUCUGACCUGCAACCCCAAUGAGUUCCAGUGCAACAACAGCGUGUGCAUCCCAGAACUGUGGGUCUGCGAUAACCAGCCAGACUGCGAGGAUCAGUCAGACGAGUCCAUAGAGAAGUGUGGCUACGAUGCUAAGGCCCUCAACACCUGCGCAGCUCAUGAGUUCCAGUGCGGCAAUGGUGAAUGCAUCCACCUGAACUGGAAGUGUGACGGGGAUGAAGACUGCAAGGACAAGUCUGAUGAGCAGGAUUGCCCUCUGGUGACCUGCAGACCGGAUGAAUUCCAGUGUGGCGAUGGGACCUGUAUCCACGGAGCAAAGCAAUGUGACAAAGUGCACGACUGUCCUGACAACAGUGACGAGGCAGGCUGCGUCCAAGAGUCAGCAUGUGAAAGUCCCAGCAAGUUUCAGUGUAAGAGUGGAGAGUGCAUUGACGGAGGCAAAGUGUGCGAUUCACAUAGAGACUGCAGGGACUGGUCUGACGAGCCUCUGAAAGAAUGUGGUAUUAAUGAAUGCUCUAUGAACAACGGUGGUUGCUCACACAUAUGCAAAGACUUGAAGAUUGGUUAUGAAUGUGAAUGCCCGCCCGGAUACAAGCUUCUGGAUAAAAAAACGUGUGGAGACAUAGAUGAAUGUGAGAAUCCAGACGCUUGUAGCCAGAUCUGCAUUAAUUACAAGGGGGACUACAAAUGCGAGUGCUACGAGGGAUACGAGAUGGACACCCUGUCCAAGAACUGCAAAGCUGUAGGCAAGAGUCCAUACCUAAUCUUCACCAAUCGCCACGAAGUCCGUAAGAUAGACCUGGUGAAAAGGGACUACUCUCGCAUCAUUCCCAUGCUGAAGAACGUCGUGGCGCUGGACGUGGAGGUGUCAACAAACAGAAUAUAUUGGUGUGAUUUGUUCUACCGAAAAAUUUACAG